CCUCAAACUCAUGAUCUUCCUGCCCCAGCCUUUGUAGUGCUGACAAAAGGGGAUGGGCCUUGUAAACACCAGGGAGACAUUUGUUUUAAAGCCGCUUACAAAGGUUUUGAGGAGUGUAAUGGCCAGAUCUGACUGCCAAGGCAGAGAGGAUAACAUUGGAGCAACAGGGGCCAGCAAGGCUUCUGGGAAUAUUGCCUGACAUUAGAUUUUCAUUGUGAGGCCUGAAUUUGGGUAGUGACAGCAGAGAUGGACAUAUAUGAAACACCAGGAGGUAAAAUCACAGCUGAUAUUGUAAGGGUGAAAGGACUGGAGGUAAGGCAUGGUCAGCGUUUAUGGACUAUUCCACUUUCUUGCUUCAGCUGUAUAAGGUAGACUACAUACCAGAUCCCAAGGGGAUAGCAGCCAUUGAAGCUAGAAGGACUCGAGAUAAACAAAGCCAAUUCUUCAAUGUGCAGGACAGAGUCAUGGGGGUAGAGGAGCAAAAACUUCAGGAGUCAACAGAGCAGAGCAAUGAGAUGGCUGAUGGUACCAAGCAUGCACAAUGUGAUCUGGUAGCACAGAUGCUACAAAAGGAAGAGGCAAAACGGGCAUGGUGGUUGUCCAAAACACUGCAGGAUUUUCGGGAGCAGAAGCAACAGCUCAGAAGUGGCUAUGAAUGUGACCGUUGGGAUCCAGAUCAACUCCAGGAGUUUCCAAGCCCUUUGUAUAAGAGUAACCCAAACUAUGGCCUACCCACCAUGCACUCUCUCCUUGGGAAAAACCUAGACAGGACCUUACACUCAAGAAUGCAGCAGGAGCAGUUCAUGUGCUACCUGGAGAGGCAGGUGCAGGAACAACAGGAAGUCAAGGAAGAGGAGACACGUGUAGCUUUGCUCAGUGACCAGUUGCACCUAGCCAUGGAUACACGGGCUGCUGAGCUGGCCAGGCUGGAGGAAUCCUGUCGUGUAGCCAUGAGGAUUGCUAUGGCCAAUGCCAAGAGAGCCAAGGCAGCUAAGCAGGCCCAGAAGCAGCGCCAUGAACAUCAGCAACGACAGAAGGCCAACCUCAUGGAGGUCAAGAACCGAAUUAAGAGUGACCCACUGACUAAGAACUCUCAAGCUGCCCAACUGCCCCAGGCUCUCCAACGGGUCCUGCCGUUUUACCUGAAGGGCAAGACAUCAAAGCAGGGAGCUACCAUCAGGAAAGGCCAGGAAGUACAGCGCUGUGAGAAAAAGGAACUGCACCAAGCUGAAAAGGCAUUGGAUGCCAAGUGGGGAAGCCAGAGCAUAUGCUUGGCUGAAGAAGUACUGGAGCUAGAAGAACGGGAAAGGGAAUUGUGUGCUGAGUUGCGAAGGGGGCUGGGCUCCUUCAACCAGGAAUCAGCUAAGGAACAACAAACCCAGCAGAACUACCUGAAUUCAAUCAUCUAUAGCAAUCAACCUAUAGCCCAGUAUUACCUACAGUUCAACAAGAGCAGCUACUGAACUCAAGAUGAUCAUCUCUCUCCCUUCUAUCAAGCUCACAGAUGGCUAGGAGUCAAAGGAAAGAAAACGCUGCAUAUCCCCACUUCCAAUAUCUCCCCAAUAAGACAUCAAUAAGCUUACUACUCUAGCUAAUAAAGUUAUCCAUUAAAAUGUGUUGUAACAGAACACAGUAAGUGUGAGGUGCUGCCUUUCCCAUCACUCCAUC